AUGGACCUUGAUGUUGAUGUUAUGGAGGUAGAGUACGGGGAGGAGGAAGAUUAUGUCGACUCCGAAGACGAGUGCGAUUGGGCUCAGAUGAUGGACCGUAUCGCUGCUGACGCCUCAAGCGGACAUGAAGUGUUCACUCCAGCUCGAGAUGACAGGUCUUGUGGUCUGGUAGGUGUUAAUCAUGGCAGGACGGCCAGAAGAGACGUUCGUGAAGAGUCCAGUACGAGCACGACAGACAUGGCCAUCGACGAUGGGGACUGGGUGGACAUGGACAACGACGACGAGGCUUUUCUCCCAAUGGUAUUGCACCACAUUGACCUCAACAAGGAGAACGAAAAGCAAGAUACUCUUCCACGUCGACGUCCUCAAGCUUCGCUCGCGCCACCUCCUCUGCACUCCUCGCAAGGCCGCAACCGGCCUCGCUCUUUGCUGCCUCCCAAAACGCCCGCUGGAGUAUUAAGGGAAGACGCUGUUAUGGACGAUGGGCGUCUCAUACGGAUAUCGGAUCAUGUCCCAUUCUUCGGCACGGAUUCGAAAGGUCGGCCUCGUAUCUGGCUACCCGACUACUUCGAGACUACAUUUAGCGAGAGCGAGGACGAACCGCCAAAGGUUGUCCUUGUCGGAUCUGAAUUCGUUCGACCACGGGAUAUACCGGAUUUCGGCGGCUUUCUCCGUGACGAAGAGAACGAAGUCUUUCUCCUCGACGAGUCAGUCCGAGUACUGUUGAUGGAGGGAGUGACAGUGAAGCCCGGAUGGAGUCUUGUGUUUACGAACAAGGGACUUCCGUCCGGGCGAGUAUCGAGGAGGUUAGUGUGUCGAUAUAGGGCGGAGCGGUCUACCUCUUCGGGAGAAGGUGGGCUGCGGACCUUUUUGGAGGACGAGGUCCCUGAAUGGUGCUUCGGAUACUGCGUCGCUGACAAAGUCCUUCGCGACGACUUCCUGGAUCGGGAAACCCGACCAAGGAUAAAUGGCUCUCGAUAUCGGUUAUUAGACGCCUUUUGUGGAGCUGGCGGAGUGAGCCGAGGAGCCCUGAUGGCCGGCCUGGACGUGGCAUAUGGCUUCGACUUUGAUGAAGAUGCCAUUCGCACAUUUCGGGCGAAUUUUGCGGUACCACCGUUACGUGGUGAGGCUAUUUGGGCCUCCGCUGACAAUUUUAUCCCCGUCGUUGAGACACUGUCCAGGAGGGUUGAUAUCUGUCAUAUAUCGCCGCCAUGUCAACCAUUUUCCGCAGCACAUACUACGGCCGGCAAGAACGACGACGCCAACCAAGCAACAUUAUUCGCAAUUGAGCCGCUCAUACGCCAAGUCAAACCUCGCAUAUGCACCCUCGAAGAAGUGCCAGGGAUAACCUACAGCAACAGUGUGGAGUACUGGCGAUCUGCAGUGAGAAUGUUUCUUGAUGCUGGGUAUUCUACGUCGUGGAGGAUCCUAAACACAGCGCAUUUUGGGGUCCCCCAGAAAGGUCGGAAACGGUUGCUACUUUUGUGUAGCUGUCCAGGGCAGGAAUUACCUGCGUUUUCCACGCCAACCCAUUCGCCUGUGGGUGGUGUUGAUCGUCUUUUUCCACCCAGGACGUUACGAGAAGCAUUGACCGGUAUAACUACUACGAAUGGGCAUUCUGUUAACGUCAACCAAGUAUUCGACAACAUUGGGUUCAAGGCUCACAUGUUACCGACAUGGGACGAGCCGUACCCGUGGUCUGUUAUGACCAGUAUGCCUAAUCUGCACCCAGACGGGAGGCGGUUCACUCUGCGAGAAGUAGCACGUUUACAGUCCUUCCCAGACGAUCACCUCUUCCCUCCCGAGAUAUCGAAUCGUAGCAUUGGUCGAAUGAUUGGCAACGCCGUGCCGCCUUGGUUCGCAAAGGCGUAUCUGGAGGAGGUGAGGAAGACAUUGGAGGAGACGGACAGGCAACCAAGAAUAAGGAAGUGA